AAUGCACAACCCAUAAUCAGCGGUCAGUAUCUCAUCCCCCUUCUCCUCCCUCGGCAGCAUCAGUCAUCUCGGCGGCAGCGUCAAUAUCUGGUGUCCCUUCGUCGCCAGAAGUUGCUGCUGCUAUUUCUGGAAUCCCUUGUUUGUCGAUGCUGCUUCAUCUUCCUCUCUCCGUUCGCCCUGUCAUCUCCGGCGACACGGCGUUUCGGAUCCGGCUUCACAUAUCGGGCGUCACAGCGUCUCAUCAUCUCUGGCUUCUUUGCUGCUGCUCAAUGGCGUCACACCGUUCCCACUUCGACCUCACAGCAAUUUAAAUCUGAGAGUUUGUUCUUAUUGUUGGUUGAAUUAGCAGCUACUCAAUUGCAAGACUUGUAUCCAACUUGAGUCAUGGACCAAUUGAGAGGCUGUUUGGCUUAGCGAUUUGACUGUUUUUAAGUUGCUUAUGCAGCAUAUACGCUAUAUGGCAUUUUAUGAUGAAGUGUUUGUCAAUAAGAAUUAGCUUAAAAACUAUAUAGCUUAUAAGCGAUUACAAUAGCGUUUUACAAAAGCUGGUGCCCCCUACUUUGGCAAAAAACGCUACAAGAUUACUGUCGUUGACCGACGAAAAUACCAUUAUGCCCUCAAAAGUUACAUCUUCUUCUCCUUCCUUGCUCUCUUCCCCCAUAUCAGAAGCGAAGAUUACUGCCGCUGCAACUGUCGCCGUCGCCCCUCGUCCAAACUCGCUGCCGCCGUCGCCCCUCCUCCAGAUCUGUCGUCGUCGUCAUCCAACUGGGUUGCCAUCGCCAUCUGAUUGGUGGGUCACACCAUCGGCUGCUGCUCAUCACUGCAUGCAGCGUGUGUAUAUAUAUAUAUAUAUAAUAGCAAUAAUAAACAUAAUAUAUGUUAUAUGUAAAUAUAACACAAAAUAAUAUAUAUUAUUAUUAUAUAUAACAUAUAUAAUAAUAUUGUAUUAAUAUAUUUUUAAUAAUUAUGUAUAAUUUAUUAACAUUUAAUAAUAAAAUUUUGCAUCAUGUCUAUUUUAGUCUUUUUGUCAAAUUUUAGUAAUUUAUCAGUUCUUUUAAACCAAACACAUAAAUAUUAAUUGAUACUUUAAAAGUACAUUUAUCUAAAUACAUUGUCAACUUAAACGUUACUUAAUUUUUAACUUGAAAGCUAAAUAGCUUAAAAGCGAUAAAAAAAUGGGUAAGCCAAACAGCCUCUGAAUAGAACAGCAAUUGCUAUUGUUUUUGGCUUGGUGGUUUCAUGUUGUUCACCGGUAACAGCGUUUCUCUUUCUUCUCUCCCGGUGAUAGUAAUUUAUGCGCGCAGUCACUGCCCCAUGGAUUGGUUGAGCAGUCUCCGUCUUCCAAAACGAAGAUUCUACAUUUACAUAUCCCCCAUCACUCCCUGUCGCCAAGUCCAGAGCAUUCCACUUUCGUCUCCAGAUUCAGCUGCCACAAGCCCUGAUUCAGUCACGCUCAACAUGGCUAGGGUUUCCGAUCUCAUAGCAAAACAGCACUGGUCCAACCUCAAAACCCUAACCAAACAAACAAAUCCCAACAGUUUCCUUAAGCUACUUUUCGAAUCUGGAGCCAACCCUGAUGUGAUUCAACUCUACUUCAAGUGGUCAGAGAAGGAAUUUGGAGUUUUCCACAGCCUCGAGCUCUACUGUAGAAUAUUUCAUUUAUUGGUAAAUGCAAACAAGUAUGGAAAGGCCAGGAGUUUAUUGCAUCAUCUUGUUAAGAAUGAAAUGCACUCGAAUCCUUCAAUUUUUCAUACACUUUCGAUGAGCGGUGGAUUUUGUGCUAAUUCAAUUAUUGUUGACAUGCUAAUACUUGCUUAUGCAAAGAAUUUGAAAACUGAUUUGGCAUUUGAGGCUUUUAAGAGGGCUGGAGAUUAUGGGUAUAAGGUGUCGUUGCUGUCUUGCAAUCCAAUGUUGGCUUCUUUGGUUAAGGAGGGUAAAUUCCGGGUUCUUGAGAUAGUGUAUAAGGAGAUGAUAAGGAGGAGGGUUGAGCCUGAUGUGAUUACUUUCAAUACUGUUCUUAACGGGUUGUGUAAGGCAGGGAAGUUACAGAAGGCAGGGGAUGUCCUAGAGGAUAUGAAAGUGCGGGGGCUUAUGCCUUCUGUAGUUACUUAUAAUAUCCUUAUUGAUGGAUAUUGCAAGAAAGGUGGAGGAGGGAAAAUGUACAAAGCUGACAGACUUUUAAAGGAUAUGGUUUCGAAGAAGAUUUGCCCCGAUGAAAUUACUUAUAACAUUCUUAUUAAUGGGUUUUGCAAGGAUGGAAAUGUAUCUGCUGCUAUGAAGCUGUUCAAGGAAAUGCAAGAGCAAGAUUUGAAACCUAAUAUUGUUCCAUAUAAUUGCUUGCUUAAUGGUCUAUGUAGCAAGUGCAAACUUGAUGAGGCCCUUGCCUUGUGGGAUGAGAUGAGGGGGUUAGCCAUGAAAUUGAAUAUCGCUAGCUUUAAUAUCCUUAUCAAUGGGUUUUGCAAAAAGAAAAUGUUGAAGGAAGCUAGGGAGUUGUUGGAUGACAUCAGUGAACAAGGCUUGGCUGCAGAUGUUUUAACAUUUAAUACUCUAAUUGAUGCUUAUUCUAAAGCUGGAAGGUUGGAAGAAGCUAUUGAAUUGCUUGAUUUAAUGCUGGCAAAGAUGGUUUUUCCCAAUGUGUCAACCUAUAAUUGUUUACUUGGUGGUUUUCUUGCAGAGGGAAACGUGGAAGCAGCUAGGAAGCUUCUAGAUGACAUGGAAAAUAAGGGUUUGAAAGCAGAUCUUAUAACAUAUAACAUUCAAUUAGGUGCAUUAUGCAAGAGAGGGGAGUCAAGUAAGGCAAUGAGACUUCUGGAUGAGAUGUUUGACAAAGGUGUGACUCCUGGCCAUUUGACUUACAAUAUUGUGAUGGAUGGUUUUUGUACAGAAGGAAAUCUUAGUGCAGCUGUGACUGUAAGGACACGUAUGGAGAGAGAAGGGAGGCGGGCAAAUGUUGUGACAUAUAAUAUCUUAAUUAAAAGCCUUUGCAAGAAGGGUAAGUUGGGAGAAGCAAACAGGCUCCUCAAUGAAAUGAUAGAGAAAGGAUUGGUUCCAAAUAGGACAACCUAUGACAUCAUUAAGGAUGAAAUGAUCGAGAGGGGAUUUGUUCCAGAUAUAGAGGGGCAUUUGUAUAAUCUUUCAAUCAACUCUUAAUGCUCUAGGAACAACUAAUCUAAUUCUUUGAUAACUUCUUUUAGGUCUCUUUCAGGGCAAGUAUAGAGGACAACUAAGUUGAGUCCUCGUGGCAUGUUGUUUAUACCUCAAUAUUAGAUGCCUCUGAAUUGAUUGGGUGCUUGCUUCAAAAUACUUAAACCACUGCUUUUACUUCCUGGAUUAUGUGAGUACAGAAAAAUAGCUUUGCAACGUUCAGCAUUAGCUGUUCUAAUCUGAUAAAGCAUUGAGGGAGGUUCUCUUACAUUUCGUCCAAUGUCCUUGCAAAAGGUGGAACAUUGGAUAAAAUGUAAAUCCCAUGGACAAAAUAUAGAGAACCUCCAUAGUUGGAUUGAGGUUCUUAUAUAUGUUAUUUUUCUGCUUUGAUGGAUUGAAGUUCUUAUACAUGUUAAUAUAUAAAUUCCAUGUUCCAUUACAUCAACAGAGUGGAUGCAUCCGGUGUAGACAUGUGAAUAAAUGUCACUUUCAUCUAAUUCUAAUUUGUAAGAGCAGGGGGAUACUAUUUGUUUUUAUCCAUUUAAAGUAAAAUGGUUUUCUCAAAUUAGCAUAGAAUUCCUAGUAUGUGGAAUGAGAUUUUCACACACAGUUUCAUUCCAAGUUAUUUGACCUUGUAUGUUCAUCAUCAGCAUCUCUUUUUAGCUGUGUUGUAAGGAGACAUGGUAGGCUGCCUCUUUUGGCAUUUUAUAGUUUUUGGGCGAGGGGGCUGAAGCACGCCUAUUAUUUUCCUAGUCAUCCGUGUUGCCAUUGUAAGACAAAAUAACAGAAUGUUAGGUUAUUUGAUGUUAGGGGAACCCUUCCCAAAAGAAAAUGAAACCCUUGUCAUUUUAUUGUCUGGAUGGUUUUAUUUGUGGGAGGUGCGACUUCUCUUAUUAGAAAGAAAGUUUGAUUUUUGUCGGGUUGUAUCUUGCGUGAAAAAAGUAACCCUUUUUUGUUCACCUCGAUAUGUUUCUGUUAGGGGACUUGGUUCGUAUGCAGAUUUCUUUAUUUUACCUUGCAAGCAUGAAACCAGAUUGGUUUUUGGCUUGUUCUCUUCUUAGUAUUUGCUCAAUACUGCCUCAAAAAGUUUCAUAUUGUCACUCAUUAGCUUGAUUCCUCUAUAAUUUCCCUAACGUUGAGCAUCUUCUUUAUCAUUAUGAAUACACGCUAAAGUGCUCUUCCUCAACUUGUCAGGUAUCAUUUUUUAUACUGAAAAAUGCCCUCUUCCCCCAUGCAUUUUCAUGCUUCUAUCAGAAUAUUAUGGGGUGCAAUUGCUUUAUUUAAUUGGUCACUGAUCAGUUGUACAAUUGGUUUUGAGAGCUGGGUUUUGAAGUCAGCCAAAUAUAGAUUAAAAAAAAAAAGGAAAACUGUAACUUGGACAGGAGAAGCAGAUUUUCUCUCUUCCUAACUGCUUGCUUUUUGAAAUUAUGUGGAGGAUAUUGUAGGAUAAAUGAAGAGAAACACCAAAGAUCAGUUUGUGUUAAUUGCUUAGUUUGUUAAAUAACAGCCCCAACAAUGUAUAUCAAAAGCUUUCCUAGAUGGUCCAUAGGCAAUCAUGGGAACAGAAUAAACUAAUUAAGGUGCUCCAACAGAACAGACAAGAACACAAGCAAGCAAAUAACCUCAAGAUUUGAACUCACAAUUUCCUGGAAUUAAAGAUUCAAUUUGCCCUGAAGCCAUCCAUCCAUAUGAAACAUCUAGCUAGCCGGCAUUAUAUAUGUGCUGUUCAUUCUCAUUUGAUUGCAUUAGGUCAGGGAUUCUCCUGGUACUGUCAACUGUAGUGAUUGUUGGAUGGUUGGUUCAUGCCUUUCCUGUUGAGUAACAACAGAUGUAUUCUAUGAUUUUGCACUUACUAGUUGCUUGAUAUAUCUCUCCACUAAGGUGCAUGUUCUUGUCAACAAUGGUGCAGGUGAUAGAUAGAUGAGGAAUUUUCUAUGGAAUUUGAGAAGAAUGAACUUGCUAAACUAAUAAUGCAGUGCCAGAGAGUUUUAUUAAAAAAUUGUGUGCGUGGUAGUCCCUGUCUGUCCACAGGAAUGCUGUUGGUUGAGUGCUUGUGUGUCAAAACCACUCUCUGUCUCACGCAGUAGUAGUUAGUUUUGCAUUAUGUUUUCAUAUAUAUAAUUAGAGAGGUGUUCUAUGUGAUGUCUUGUGUAAAAAAAUAAAAUAAAAUCAUAUUUAAUGUUUAAUAGUUACUGUUUAUUUUUUAAUUUUUUUAAACAAAAUAAUAUUUGAUGCAGCGGUAAAGUUGUUUGAGAAA